AUCCUGCAGGUAAAACAAUUAACCCUGUGUUCCUCCUCUCAAUCAAUCUUUUGUUGUUUCAGAUACACUUAUGAGGAUUGUAAAAAGACAGCAGAUUGGCUCUUGAGUAACACCAAGCAUCGGCCCAGAGUGGCUAUCAUCUGUGGCUCAGGACUUGGGGGGCUGGCUGACCUCCUGAAGGACCAAGUUGUGUUUGAAUAUGCUAAGAUCCCCAACUUUCCCCAAAGCACAGUUGUAGGUCACGCUGGAAAGCUGGUCUUUGGGAACUUGAAUGGGACACCGAGUGUGGUGAUGCAAGGUCGCUUCCAUAUGUAUGAAGGUUACCCACUUUGGAAGGUGACCUUCCCAGUUCGGAUCUUCCAUCUGAUUGGCGUAGAGACCCUCAUUGUCACCAAUGCGGCUGGAGGGCUCAAUCCUGCCUACAAAGUGGGGGACAUCAUGGUGAUCCGGGACCACAUCAACAUGCCUGGGUUUUCUGGGCAGAACCCUUUGGUGGGACCGAAUGAUGAGAGGUUCGGGGCACGCUUCCCAGCCAUGUCGGAUGCCUACAAUGAAGACCUGAGAAAACUGGCUCUCAAGGUGGCCUCUGAAAUUGGCUGUUCUGGCUUCAUGCAGGAAGGGGUUUACUGCGCCCUGGGAGGCCCCAGCUACGAGACCAUCGCGGAAUGCCGCUUCCUGCAGAGGCUGGGCGCUGAUGCUGUGGGGAUGAGCACGGCCCCUGAAGUCAUUGUGGCCCGUCAUUGCGGCAUCCGGGUCUUUGGGUUCUCCCUCAUCACCAACAAGGCCAUUCUGGACUAUGACACCAAAGAAAAGGCCAACCACGAGGAAGUGUUGGAAACCAGCCGCCAGAGUGCCCGCACCCUUGAGAAACUGGUCUCGUUGAUGGUGCAGCGCAUCGAACACAACAACAACUUAGCCUAGGGCAUGUCCCGCUCGUGAUCAUUCACAUGACUUUGGGCAUGGAGAGAGGAUGUUUCUGAUUAAAUCCUGCUGCUAAGGUCCCCACUCUCAGGUGGUACAGAAGUUGUGGUCUGGAAUGAUGCCAAGAGUGGUUAGUCCUGCCCAUGUUCUGUAGCCUCUGACCAAGAAGCCCUCUCUGUCUGCCUGCUCUUCUCCUUCGAUGUCUUGCUUCUGCAUGUUGAUAGUCCAUGUCCCUGAUCUCUGCUGAAGUCCUUCAGGAACCCUGAUGAAGCAGACCAUUUCAUCUUCUCUAUGGCCCAUUGCAUUUUAAAAUCGGGGGUGCAAGGAAUCUAGAAGUGCAUUUCCCAUUUCAAAAUAGCUGUUCUUUCAUCAACAAUCAAGCAGGAGUUGGCUGGUUUAUUUUUACAGUGCCAUUUUGUUUCUGGUUGAAGCUUUUGGUUCAGUUUUCUGAAUCCUAAAAUAGUAGGGGAAUCAGAGGCCACUAAUUCAGUUGAUUAGAUGCUUGGGUAUUCUCCAUUUUGAAUAGGAUUUCUUAAUUGCUAUGCAAUCACUUGUUUGGCCCCUCAUGCUUCUGAUACUUGAAAUAUUAUUCAUGGCUUCUUCUUGCAAGUUUCCUUUUU